AUGAAAUCAUGUGGUCGUCAGUGGAACGCAUGUCGGAUUCACAAUAAUCAAGGUCUUGCUGAGAAAGCAGCAAAGCAUCUCUUUGGUAUGGAGAAGCUCAGGGAUGCUGCUGCCUAUGUAAGCAUGUCCAAUAUCUAUGCAGCGGCUGGGGAAUGGAAGAGUGUGAGUCAUGUGAAGAAAGCGAUGCACGAACACGGCAUCAAGAAGGUUCCGGCUUAUAGCUGGGUUGAAGUGAACCACAAGAUUCACGUAUUCUCAGUGAAUGACAAGACACACCCGAGAGGAGAUGAGAUCAUGAGAAAUAUCAAUGAAUUGACAACUGAGAUUGAAAGAGAAGGAUACAAGUCUGAUACGAGUUGGAUAGCACAAGACAUAGAUGAGCAGUUUAGGAUUGAGUCGCUUAAGUUUCACAGUGAACGUAUAGCUGUUGCAUUUGCUCUUAUCAGUACACCAUAA